AUAGUAUAUUUUUUGUUAUUUGAUAAUUAUUGAAAUAGCAGUAGUUGUAGUUCAGUAAAUAUUUAGGCCUGUUCAAGUUCCGGUUGUGUGUGCGCAGAAGGCUUUUGCAGCAUACCACGUGGCUACAGCUCAGAAAUCUUUUAAAUGAACUAGUUUCUUUUUCCGUUCAUAAACUAGUAUUUCUUAAACAUUUAAUCGCUGUUUAACCAGCCUAACCUCCCUACUUAGCGACUGCAAUUAGUUUUUGACGGCGACCGUGAGCGGAACCCUGUUCAGCAAUUGGGAGUUGCGGCCGAGCCCAAUUCCGAUACACAACCUGUAGCAAUUCGCUCAAAGCUAACCGCUAACGUAAUCUAACGUCACGUCAUGAUCGCUGAGAGGAUCUAACAUCAAUCAGUGGAACAAGCUGUUGAGAUGUCGGAGCCCAAGCCUCCUGCUCCCACUUCCACUCCCACCCCCGGUGACACGUACAAGGGCUGGCUCUUUAAAUGGACUAAUUACAUUAAAGGUUACCAGAGGCGAUGGUUUGUUCUCAGCAAUGGACUGCUGUCUUAUUACAGAACUCAGGCAGAGAUGGGUCACACAUGCAGAGGCACAAUAAACUUGGCCACUGCUAACAUUGCUGUGGAGGAUUCGUGCAAUUUUGUCAUUUCCAACGGUGGGGCGCAGACCUAUCACCUGAAGGCUAGCUCAGAAGUGGAGCGCCAGCGAUGGAUCACUGCACUGGAACUUGCCAAAGCAAAGGCUGUCCACAUGCAGGCGGAAUCUGACGAUUCCAGUGAUGAUUUCCCCACAGCCGCCCCUGUUUCAGCACAGGGUGGGAGCUCCUGCAUCUCAGAAGUUCAGUCCACGUUACGCACCCUUAGCAGCAAGGUGGAGGACCUGAUCACUUGCAAUGAUCUCAUUGUCAAACAUGGGUCUGCUCUCCAAAGGUCUUUAUCAGAACUGGAAGGGCUGCGUGUUGGCGGGGACACGGGGGAGAAGAUCAGACAAGUCACAGAGAGGGCCACGCUUUUCAGAAUCACCUCUAAUGCAAUGAUCAACGCGUGUAGAGACUUCCUCUCCAUGGCCCAGAGUCAUAGUAAACGCUGGCAGAAGGCCUUACAGAUGGAAAGAGACCAGAAAAUCCGUCUGGAGGAGACGUUGGAGCAGCUAGCUAAACAGCACAAUCACCUGGAGAGAGCUUUCAGAGGAGCUACAGUCCUCCCUCGAUCGUUUAGUAAUCCCACUCUAGCCGACAAAGGUGGUGCUUUGGUUAAAGGCGAUGCCAGUGACGAGGAUGAUGACAAUGAGUUCUUUGAUGCAAUGGAAGACCCUGCAGAAUUCAUCACUGUUCCAGCUGACCCCAAGUUUCAUAGGAGAUCUGGCAGCAACGUCAGCGGGAUCAGCACCGAGACUGGAACGGACGAUCAGUCGUUUGAUGAUCUGUCUUUGGCCUCCAAUACGGAGUCUCCACAGCCCCUUGAGCUGGAGCCGGUCAGACAAAGACGAACUGUAAUCCCCGACAAACCCAACUAUUACCUCAAUUUGUGGAGCAUCAUGAAGAACUGUAUUGGGAAAGAGCUCUCAAAAAUACCAAUGCCUGUGAAUUUCAACGAGCCCUUAUCAAUGCUGCAGCGUUUGUCUGAAGACCUGGAGUACUACGAACUUCUGGAUAAGGCUGCAAAGUGUCACAGCUCUUUAGAGCAGAUGUGUUAUGUGGCAGCUUUCACCGUUUCCUCCUACUCCACCACCGUCCACCGCACAGGAAAGCCGUUCAAUCCUCUGCUUGGAGAAACGUUUGAGCUUGAUCGACUCAAAGAGAGCGGUUUUCGCUCACUGUGUGAACAGGUGAGUCACCAUCCACCUGCUGCAGCACAUCACGCCUUCUCUGAAAAGGGCUGGACCCUUAGACAAGAGAUCACACUGGCCAGCAAGUUUAGAGGAAAAUACCUUUCUAUUAUGCCUCUGGGUUCUAUCCAGUGUUUAUUCGAUAAAAGCAACAAUCACUACUCUUGGAAAAAAGUCACCACAACUGUUCAUAACAUUAUUGUUGGGAAAUUAUGGAUUGAUCAGUCCGGUGAGAUCGAUGUGGUCAACCACAAGACUGGAGAUCGCUGCCACCUAAAGUUUACUCCCUACAGUUACUUCUCCAGAGAUGUACCACGAAAGGUAACUGGAGUGGUGACGGAUAAGGAUGGAAAGGCUCAUUAUGUGCUGUCAGGAACAUGGGAUGAGAGGAUGGAGUUUUCCAGAAUAAUGCAAAGCAGCAAAGGUGAGAACGGCUCUGAAGGAAGACAGAGGACUGUGUAUCAGACCCUCAAAGCCAAAGAAAUCUGGAAAAAGAACCCUUUACCAGAGGCAGCAGAGAAUAUGUACUACUUCUCCUCGCUUGCCUUGACACUCAAUGAACCCGAGGAGGGGGUGGCAUUGACGGACAGUCGGUGGCGCCCUGACCAGCGGUUAAUGGAGGAAGGCCGCUGGGAGGAAGCUAACGCAGAGAAGCAAAGACUGGAAGAGAAACAGCGUUCUGUUCGUCGAGAAAGAGAAAGGGAAGCUGUUAAAGCGUCCAGCACACCCGAGGAAGAUGCCCAUCCAGACAGCUACCAGGCGCUGUGGUUUGAGAAGAUUCACGACUCCGUAUCGGGAGAGACGCUGCAUGUCUACAAGGGAGGUUACUGGGAGGCGAAGGAUCAAGGAAGCUGGGAAAUGUGUCCAGAUAUCUUCUGAUCACACCUAAAACCAGUUGCAGGACAGAAGACAGUCAGCAGCAGGGCCCUUCCUUCACUUUGCUGAAUAAGUCAUGAAUCAAGCCUUACGUGAAUCAUAGCGUCAUCGCGACACUCCUUCCUGCUGGAUCAGGGCCGUUUGGGCUCCACUCCUGUUGCAUCGUUGUGAUGUUUAGAGCUCCUUCUCACUGCCUCACAAACUUGUCCCCUGCUUGCUUCCAGUGUUUCAGGUCCAGUUCUUGAAUGAAGUACAUUUUCCUCACUAGCUGAUUCAUCUGAGGCAGAAUUUUCCCUGACGAUGUGUGAUUAUAUUUGUUUUUGUUAAUAGAAGGAAAUGGCUCUUUACAUGUGGCGGUGUUUCCCAAAUGUUGGAAAACAAACUACGUCGUUUUUGGUGUCACAAACCAACAAUGCAGCAAUUUUCUUUGAAUUUCUGGCGACUUCUGGUGCUACUCUAGUGAAGCUCUGCCACUGGAGACGUAGUCAGUCUGUAUAUUCAUCUUUUACUUUUAUUCCUUACAGACAUAAUCCUUUAUUUUAGAAAGUAUGACAUGGAAGUGAUAAAAUAUAGUUGCUCUGCUUUGAUUGCAGUCAUUUUAAACCACCACAUAUUGCAUAUCCCUUAUUUAUGUUGUGGCAUUUUCUUUGUUUUUGUGUAAAAAUGUUUAUGCAAAAAUCCGAAUUUUUCAUUAUAAUUUCAUUUUCAAUAUGAUGAAAUACUGUUGGAUAAGUUGACCAAUUUUUGCAAACAAGAAAUCGUUCCAGACCCAUGAAGAUACUUGUUACACUGAAUAUUAUCAGCCCUGAAAACUUGGUUUUCCUCCAACCGAUCACUUUAAACCGUGUUGUAGAUGAGAUCCUGGUCAGAUGACAUGAUUUUUAAUGCAUAAUUGUCAUAUUUAGCAUUAAAUGUGUGACACACACAUCCUUUAACUGCAGAUAUUUGUUUUUCACAUACAGAUCUGUGUGCUGAAUAUUACUCACUUCAUUAUAUGUGAAGUGUACACUAACACUUCAAACUAAUAUUUUGUUUUUGUUUCUUUGCCUUUAUUCUUUAAACGUUCUGAUCAUAGCAUUUUUUAACUUUUUUUGAGGAGAUGUUAGUGUUUUGUGCUUUAAAAUAAUCUGUUAUUACCAAACAGCAAUAAGAGUGUCUCAUCUCAGGCCUUUAAACUGAGAUGAGUGGAAAACCUGACUGAGAAAACUAAAGCUGCAAAGUUUCUGUUCCAUUUCUUUGUCACUGUUAUGCAUGAUGAGAGGAAGCAGUGUGUGGUUUAUAUAAAGAGAAAUAUAUAUUUGAUGUUCAAGUGUACUUAAAAUGAGAUGACAACUAAACUUGUUGCAAGUACUUCUAUGUAAAUAUAACAAAUGUGCAGUUUUUGAAUUGCUCUAAAUGCAAAGAAGCACUUUAAAGAUUUAUUUCAUCUUUGAUUUGCCUUUACAAGCUAAAGUGGGUUUCUAAUUCAAAUUGAAAAAAUUACAGGAUUCUUCUGCAACAUUUGGUUAGAUGUAUUAAGUACAUUUUCAGAAAUAACUGCGUUUACAAGUUUUGUCUCUUGUUUUGUGUUACUUUGAGUUUGUGUUUUAGUUGCCCUCGUACUGUGGAGGUUGUCACUUUCCUUGAUGCCACAAUUUCUUACUGCUCUUUAAAAGACAAGGUGUUCUUGCACUUAGCACAGUACCUACGUGUUUUCAGAUAUAAUAUAACUAAUAAAUGAUGAUCUCCCUUU